AUGGCAAGCAAGCGUGUGGAGCAGAUUGCGGCACACCUAAACUUCCCCAAAGGCAUGCUCAAUGGCCAAGUCGCCAUUGUGACAGGUUCUGGCCAAGGUAUUGGUGCGGAAUGCGCGAGAUUGUUUGCCAAAGAGGGUGCAGCAGUGGCCAUAUCCGACAUUGAUGCUGGCAAGGCGAAGCAAGUCGCUGAUGAGAUAAACUCGGCUGGCGGCAAGGCCAUCGCGGUGCCAGGCGACAUGCUAGAUGACAAGUACUUGGCGGACUUGGUGAAGAAGACUGCAGAGUUCGGUAAUGGCAAGAUCCACAUCAUUGUGAACAACGCUGGCUACACAUGGGACGGUGUAAUCCACAAGACAACGGACAAGCAAUGGGACACUAUCAUUGCCCUCCACGCCACUCAGCCCUUCAAACUCGUCCGAUCUGCCGCACCUUACUUUCGUGUGAAGGAUGGCGAGCCUCGAUGCAUUGUCAACAUCUCCUCUACAUCUGGUCUACACGGCAACGCAGGCCAAGCAAACUACGCUCUGGCGAAAGCGGGAGUUACUGGCCUCACCAAGACCAUUGCAAAGGAGUGGGGUCCAGCCUUCGGCGUACGGGCCAACACUGUAGCGUUCGGACACAUCAUGACCCGCCUCACGGCUGCAAAGGAGGAGGGCGCGUUCGUAACGACACCGGAUGGGGAGAAGGUUGCGUUGGGGAUACCGGGUGCACAGAAGGCUGCUCGGGAAGCAGGUGCGACAGCAUUUGCGGAUAUCCCACUAGGCAGGCCUGGUACGGCUACCGAAGCUGCCGGCGCUGUGCUCGCUGUCGUGAGCCCACUGUUCAACUAUGUGAGUGGACACACCUUGAGCGUGACUGGAGGAAGGAACAUGUAG